CAGAUGGAUAAUGGAGACUGGGGCUAUAUGAUGACUGACCCAGUCACCUUAAAUGUAGGUGGACACUUGUAUACAACGUCUCUCACUACGUUGACCCGCUACCCAGAUUCCAUGCUCGGCGCUAUGUUUGGGGGGGACUUCCCCACUGCUAGAGACCCGCAAGGCAAUUACUUCAUCGAUCGAGAUGGACCUCUUUUCCGAUAUGUCCUCAACUUCUUACGAACUUCAGAGCUGACCUUACCCCUGGACUUUAAGGAAUUUGACCUGCUUCGGAAAGAAGCCGAUUUUUAUCAGAUUGAGCCCCUAAUUCAGUGUCUCAAUGACCCUAAACCUUUGUAUCCCAUGGAUACUUUCGAAGAAGUUGUGGAGUUAUCUAGUACUCGGAAGCUUUCGAAAUAUUCCAACCCAGUGGCUGUCAUCAUAACCCAGUUAACCAUCACCACGAAGGUUCACUCCUUACUAGAAGGCAUCUCCAACUACUUCACCAAGUGGAAUAAGCACAUGAUGGACACCAGAGACUGCCAGGUUUCCUUUACUUUUGGACCGUGUGAUUACCACCAGGAAGUCUCUCUGCGGGUGCACCUGAUGGAGUACAUUACAAAGCAGGGCUUCACGAUCCGCAACACCCGAGUGCACCACAUGAGUGAGCGGGCCAAUGAGAACACAGUGGAACACAACUGGACUUUCUGCAGGCUGGCCCGAAAGACGGACGACUGAGCACCGCCUGGGGACCAGGGCCAGGAGGCGCGCUUUCGAGCAGGUGGAAGAGAUGGCUUUAAAAAAAAAAAUGACAGUGUGGGACUUUUUUUUUUUUUUUUUAAUAUUUGUAUUUAUUUGAAGGCAUGGAGGGCCAGGAAGGCAUUAGCAGACUCCCCCACGUUCUGUUUCCUCUCCUCCUGAGUAUGCAUGUGCCGGUUCCGUCUCCAGAUACCUUUUUUAUAAAAAGAAGGCUGAAAUCAUUAUGGUAUGUAAUCUACCCUGUAACAGAGCUUUGUUUUUAUUAGAGUGCUACAAUGAUUUCUGCUUAAAUGGCCCCUAACUUAACUAGACGGUUUCAAAACAAAACAGACAAAAAUAAUGCAGCAAUGAAAGGAUAAGCAAAAGGAUUCCUGACGCCUUUGAGAAAAAAAAUCAGAUCAUCAUGUAGGGUGACUUAGUUUCCUGACCAAUGAGCAGUCUGGUCAUCUGAAGGGCAGCAGUCCCAAUCGUCCGAAGUCCUUGUCAAGUACUACGCUUCGCAGUUAGGACAACUGUUUCUUUCUAUGCAUAUAAAUCAAGCAACCAAAUAUCUGUAGCCAUGGAGAUGUCUGAAUAGAAAUAUUUAUAUUGGAUUCUGAAUACAAAAUGUCCCUGUGGUAGAAAUCUUACUUUUUAAGCCUGGUGCAGUAUAUAUUUCUCAAGUGUACGGUCAACCAGGAAAAAGCUAAUAAAAAGUGAACUAUGAAAAUUA